AUUCUGUGGCUUGAUGUGGGUUUUUCAGUUAUUGCCUCCUCACUUCCCGGGACUUCCCACUGCUUCUUGAGCACAAAUCAGACUUGAGCAAAAACAGCUCUUUUUCCAUGGGAUCAGUUAUAGAAAGAAAUAGCCAUGCAACAGGCAGCUUAGUCUCUUGGUCUUGUCAGUGAAAGGCUUGCGGACGUUUCUGGAAAGAGCACUGGCUGGCUUGAUCAUCUCUGUGUUUCUACAGAACCGAAGGAACAGAUUGGUUACUGAAGGUCAGCGUGAGAAGAUUGUUUCUAAGCUUGAGAAUCUUCUCAAGAAGUGAAGAGUAUUGAAGUCUGUAUUAAACAUCCGUAUCCUAACAGUCAUUUUGGAGAUAUACAAAGAAUGCUGUCAGAAGGUUAUCUCAGCGGACUUGCCUACUGGAAUGACAUUCACUGGAGCUGUGCAUCAUAUAAUGAGCAGGUGGCUGGGAAAAAGGAAGAGGAGACAAAUUCUGUUGCUGCUCUUUCCUAUUCCUCAGUGGAUGAAACCCAAGUCAGAAGUCUCUACAUGAGUUGCGAAUCAUCUGGCAAGUUUAUUUCUUCAGUGCAUUCAAGAGAGAGCCAACACAGCACACGUCAAAGAGUCACAGUGCUGCAGACAACCUCCAAUCCUGUGUUUGAAAGCCCAAACUUGGCCGCAGUUGAAACAUGUAGAGACCCCAGCAGAGAAACUUACUUGGUUCCACCUUCCUGCAAAAGUAUUUGCAAGAAUUACAAUGACCUACAUAUUGCUGGGGGCCAGGUGAUGGCCAUUAAUUCAGUGACUACAGAUUUUCCCUCCGAGAGCAGUUUUGAAUGUGGCCCUUUGCUGAAGUCAUCAGAGAUCCCUUUGCCUAUGGAGGAUUCCAUUUCCACUCAGCCCAGUGACUUUCCCCAAAAACCUAUCCAGCGGUACUCAUCCUACUGGAGAAUAACCAGCAUCAAAGAGAAAAGCAGCCUGCAAAUGCAGAAGCCUGUUUCAAAUGCAGUGUUGAAUGAGUAUCUGGAGCAGAAGGUUGUGGAGUUAUAUAAACAGUACAUUAUGGACGCCAUGUUUCAUGACAGUUCUCCUACCCAGAUUCUGGCAUCUGAACUCAUCAUGACAAGUGUGGACCAAAUCAGUCUUCAAAUGUCUAGAGAGAAGAACCUGGAAACUUCAAAAGCCAAGGAUAUAGUCAUUAGCCACCUACUACAGUUGGCGUCGACUGAAAUCAGCACUCCUAGUCUCCAUAUUUCUCAGUAUAGCAAUGUAAAUCCAUAGAGAUCAUGCUUCCAUCCCUGUCUCUCAUUUCCUCUAACCCAGAGUGACACUUCGUUCAUUUAUUCUGAGAAUGUGCAGGAGGGGUGAAGGGGAGUUAAGAAUUAGAGAAGUAAGGGUUGGCUGGAGGUCACGUGUGAAUUAAGGGGAAAUCUCAUCAUAUUACAUAUGUUGAAGGGAUGUGGGAAAAGGAGCCAUAAGGAAUGAUUUCAAAGAGAGGUUUGUAUAGCAGUGAAAUAAAAAUAAAAAUAAAAAUGAUCAAAAAAGAAAAGGUUAUAAUUCAUUCGAAGGAGUAUAGAAACCAAAAAAGGAGACAAGCCAAGGAAGAAAGAAACACACUAUGGCAAAAUUAAAAAAACAAACGUUUGGGGGUAAAGAGUUAAGAAUAUGUUUGUUACCCAAAUAAAUUCCUCCAAAUUGUUUCUCCUCAAGGGAAAUGGACUGCAGAAGGCUGCUAUAUUUGGGUAGAA